AUGGGUUCUAUAGAACGAUUUCAAUUUAAAAAAUUAUUUAUUUUAUAGUAUUAAUAUGUCAAUAAACAAUCUAAUAUUAGAUAAGUUAUUUACUAUAGAUUUCAUUAAACUUUGGUUUAUAUUGAUCUUAUUAAUUAAGUUAACAUUUUAUUUUGUUUCAUCAUAUCUCAAAAUAGAUGUCUACUAUAAACAAAGUAGUAACUUAGAUUCAAUCAAAGUUUUUAUAUUAAAGAUCUUAAAGAUGUAAUAUUAAUUCUUCCAUCAGAAUUAGAUGAAAUUGAUAUAUAACUCUCUCUCUAAAUUCAUGCACUAGAUAGAAGUUGCAAAAUUGUAAGAACUUUUUAAUUAUAGUUUUAGGAUACAAAAUAUUUAGCAAAAGAAUACAAAUUUGAAACUCUUAAAUAAGCAUUUGUAUUUAUGAAUACAGUUUCACAUUUGGCUGAUUAGAUGAAUCGCAAUUAUGAAUUAUUUAUUUAGAUUAUCCUAAAUGGAUUAAUUUUUAUAAUAGAUUAAAUGUUGAAAUAACCACUCAAGAUAUUAGUAAAAUUUGAAUUAAAGAUGUGA